AUGUCAACAACGUCCUUCCUUCCCUCGACGCAGCCCAACCGGCUGUUCGUGCACUCCGCCACCUCCCACGGCCUCGUCAGCAACGACACCAAGGCGCUGGUGGCGGGGCUCCCGCAGCGGACCAUCUUCGACGCGCUCCACGACGAGGGCUUCUCCUUCGGCAUCUACUACCAGUACCCGCCGUCGACGCUCUUCUACCGGAACCUCCGGCAGCUCAAGUACGCGGGCAGCUUCCACGCCUUCGACCUCGACUUCCGGCGUCACUGCCGGGAGGGAAAGCUGCCCAGCUACGUCGUCGUGGAGCAGUGCUACUUCGACCUGGAGAUCCUCCCGAGGAACGACGACCACCCGUCCCAUGACGUGGCCGAAGGCCAGCGGUUCGUCAAGGAGGUGUACGAGGCGCUGCGGUCGGGGCCGCAGUGGGAGGAGACGCUCCUCGUCGUCACCUACGACGAGCACGGCGGGUUCUACGACCACGUGCCCACGCCCGCCGGCGCCGGCGUCGUGCCCAGCCCCGACGGCAUCGUCAGCGCCGCGCCUUUCUUCUUCGGCUUCGACCGCCUCGGCAUCCGCAUCCCGACGCUGCUCGUGUCGCCGUGGAUCGAGCCGGGGACCGUGCUGCAUAGGCCGUCGGGGCCAUACCCGACGUCGGAGUUCGAGCACUCCUCCAUCCCGGCCACCGUCGAGAAGCUCUUCAACCUCAGGAGCUUCCUCACCAAGCGCGACGCCUGGGCCGGCACCUUCGACUGCUUCCUCACGCGCGACACGCCGCGCACCGACUGCCCACUUACCCUGCCUGAGCCAGUGAAGCUGCGGCGGACGGCGGCCGCGGAGCAAGCCCCGUUGUCGGAGUUCCAGGAGGAGCUGGUGCAGCUCGCCGCGGUGCUCAACGGCGACCACACCAAGGACUUGUACCCGCACAAGCUCGUGGAGGGGAUGACGGUGGCGGAGGCGGCCAGGUACUGCGUCGACGCCUUCAAGGCCUUCCACGACGAGUGUGAAAAAUGCAUGAAGCGCGGCGAGGACGGCUCCCACAUCCCCACGGUGAAGCCGUCGUUGUCGGGGAAGGACAAGGACAAGAGCAAGAGCAGCUUCGUUUCCAAGGCGCUGGCUUGCCUCCCCUGUGCCCGUCCCUCGUGA